GAACCAUCUCAGCCUGAAGUACAACUUGCAAACUUCUCUUAAGGGAAAAUGGCUGUUCAAAAGCUUUUCCCAGUCCUCUUUCUUCAACUAGCCCUUGCUUUUUUGCUUGCCGGCCUCACUAAUGCAGGGGGUUUGCAACUCGGGUUUUACCAGAGAGCAUGUCCUCAUGCAGAGCUUAUAGUCCAUCAAACUCUUUACCGUUACAUUUCUAGGGACCGAACCCUUGCUGCUCCUCUGCUAAGAAUGCAUUUCCAUGAUUGUUUCAUCAGGGGAUGUGAUGGUUCCGUGCUCCUAAGUUCUACAAAGAAGAAUCAAGCUGAGAAAGACGCCAUCCCAAAUAAAACCUUAAGAGGGUUCAACGUCAUUGAUGCUGUAAAAUCAGCUCUAGAAAAGAAGUGUCCUGGCGUGGUUUCCUGUGCCGAUAUCUUGGCCUUGGUUGCUCGUGAUGCGGUUCUAAUGAUAAUGGCUAUCCAAAAGCUUUUUUCAGUCCUCUUUCUUCAUCUGGUUCUCGCUUUCCUGCUAGUAGAACUCACUAAUGCAAGGGGGUUGCAACUCGGAUUUUACCGGAGAACCUGUCCUGAUGCAGAGCUUAUUGUACAUAAGACCCUUCACCGGUACAUUUCUAGGGACCCAACCCUUGCCGCUCCUUUGCUAAGAAUGUAUUUCCAUGAUUGUUUCAUCAGGAGAAAGACGCGAUCGGAAUAUGUUUUGGUGACAGGAGGACACACCAUAGGAAUUGGACACUGCACCAUAAUCUCGAACAGGCUGUACAAUUUCACAGGCAAGGGAGAUACUGACCCUUCAUUGGACCGAAGAUACGCUGCUCAACUGAAGAAAAAAUGCAAGCCUGGAAACUCCAACACAGUGGUUGAGAUGGACCCUGGGAGCUUCAAAACUUUCGACGAAGAUUACUACACCAUUGUAGCUAAAAGAAGAGGGCUAUUCCGAUCCGAUGCAGCUCUUCUUGACGAUGCUGAAACUAGAGACUACGUCAAGUUUCAGUCAAGGACACAGGGAUCCACCUUUGCACAAGAUUUUGCUGAAUCCAUGGUGAAAAUGGGUUACAUUGGAGUCCUGACCGGCAAACGAGGCGAAAUCAGGAAACGUUGUGCUGUUGUGAAUUAAAUCGAUAUUUAAUUUCAUUUUCCAUACCUGAGUUGCUUGUAACGAAGUUGCAUACUGUUCAUGUUUGAGUUGUCUUUUAUCUGCCUCUACUUUCUAUCUUUUUUCGCAUUUGCAACCCAAAUGGUUGCUGGAUGCACUUAAUAAUUUUGAUGUUGGCCAUUCCUUAUAUUUUAGUGAUUUAUUCAAUUUCUUUUAAUGAA